CGAACACAUACACUUUGGUCGGUAGCCUGAUUUGAAAAGAUAGAGAGCCUUCUAUGGCACGGAACUAAGAUAAGGGACUCCGCGGAACUUGACCGCAUUUCUGGCUGCCUUCCAUCUUGCCUGAUUACUCUAGUAUCUGAGGCCUUGGACCCACCCCUGUUCAAAGAUUGCACGUCAUGGAGCCUCUGAGCAUAGCUGCAAGCUUCAUCGCGAUGGGCCAGGCCAUUGCAGCAAUCCCCAAAAUCAUCGCUAUUUUGAGAUCCGCUACAGAACUGGGGUAUGAACUAGCUGGGCUUCUCAACGAACUAGCGACACUACAGGCGAUUCAGCUGUCCGUUGAAGACAGCAUUACUGCUUUAUCAGGCGCGGAUCACCUGUACCAAAUUGGGCGACCUGAGACCCAGCUCCUUCUGAGGACGAGGAAUGAUUUGACUGACCUGGUCGAUGGGCUCCAAACUCUAGCCGAAAGAUGUUCCAGGAAGUUGGGCGAACACGGCUUGCCUCGACCCAACCACUUGAAGCUGCUAUGGAAAUCCAAGGAUAUCAACCGGUUAAGAGAACGCGCCCGGACUAUUUGCAUACACAUAAAUCUGGCACUGAGUCAGAUAUCCCUUGUAUCCCAAGUCACACAAACGAAACUCCUGUUAGAGAUCCAUUCAGUGACAGUCCCCUCCACGUUGCCUUUGCGAGAAGUCCAACAAGCCAUUCAGACCCUGUCUUCCAUUCAAUCAUUACCCGAUAGCACCUCUUCCUCCGCUGUGCUUGACUGCGAUGUACCCUCGAGCAUGGUGACGGACAAAAAAGCAGAACGAAUACCAUUGCCCGCAGGUGCUCCUCGGGGGUUUGACUCUAUGCUUCCAAGCACGGCCCUAGGUAUUGCACCAUCCAAGGAACAUUUUAUUCAUGUGGAGACAUCCCUGAAGCACCGAAAGCGAUGUUCUCCCUCAUGCCAGUGCCAAUGUCACAGCAGAAGGGCCAACUACCAAAACCAACGAUGGUGCUGGCCUG